GGCAGCCCUGGGCCCUGAUGCUUGACCGGCUGGCAGCCCGCCAGCUUCUGUUUCCACGAGUGGACACACAGAGCGUGGUCCCCAGCUGGGAAAGAAGCCGGAAACAGCCUCAGUGAAAUAAUCCAGCCCCAACCGGCCUGAGCAGCUGAGAAAGACGAGGAGGGCACUGUGGCUGCUGCUGAGCUGAGAAUCCUCCUCCACUUGCUCCUCUCAAAGCUCUUUGGGGCUCUCUGAGGCCAAGAACAAGAUGUAGGAAAAUGGGACCAACUCCUGGGUAUCCUGAGCCUCAAAACUCCUCUUGUGGCCUAAAGACACUCACCUUGACCUUGGGUGGGCUGGCCAGUUCCAUAUUCCUUUCUCUUGGCCUCAGCCACGUGCUAGACGCCCUCCAGCUCUGAUCCUGGCAGUUGCCUUCGCAGAAGGAAGAAGACUGAAGGCUCCCAGGGGUUCCAACCCUAAGGGGAGCUGGGGAAAGGAAGCCCCCUCCAUCCCUGCCCUGUGGCCCCUCCAGCCAAGCCCCUGCCAGCCAGUCCGGAAUGAUCCCGCUAUGGCCAAGCUCUGGUUCAAGUUCCAGCGGUACUUCCGCCGAAAACCUGUGCGUUUCUUUACCUUCCUGGUGCUCUACCUGACGGCCGGGAGCCUCGUCUUCCUUCACGCUGGCUUUGUGGGCCAGCCGGCCGUGUCCCAGAACCAGGCCAGCCCUGCCGCCAGGGCCCCGGCGGAGGGCGCCGAGCUGCCCUUCCUUGGAGACUGGCAUCUGGGCAGAGGCUUCAGGGACGCGGGGGAAACCUUGAGCCUCGCCCACAGAUACGGACACGGACCCUGGUUCAAGGGCAAAGAUGGGAAUGAGAGAGCCAAGCUGGGCGACUACGGAGGUGGAGCCUGGAGCCGAGCCCUCAAGGGGAGGGCUGUCCGGGAGAAGGAGGAGGAGCGAGCCAAGUACAUCGGCUGCUACCUGGACGACACCCAGAGUCGGGCCCUGCGAGGCGUGUCCUUUUUCGACUACAAAAAGAUGACCGUCUUCCGUUGCCAGGACAACUGUGCAGAACGGGGUUACCUGUACGCCGGGCUGGAGUUCGGCGCCGAGUGCUACUGCGGCCACAAGAUCCAGGCGACAAACGUGAGCGAGGCCGAGUGCGACAUGGAGUGCAAGGGCGAGCGAGGCAGCCUGUGCGGCGGCGCCAACCGCCUCUCCGUCUACCGGCUGCAGCUGGCCCAGGAGUCGGCUCGCAGGUAUGGAAGCGCGGUCUUCCGAGGCUGCUUCCGCAGGCCCCACAACCUCUCCCUGGCCCUGCCCGUGACGGCCGCCAUGCCAAACAUGUCCGUGGACAAGUGCGUGGACCUCUGCACAGAGAAGCAGAGUUCUUCCUCAUCCUCUCCCUCCCCCUCCCCAGGAGGCACCGCCUGCCACUGUGGCUUCCCCACCACGCGAUUCCCCCUGCACGAGAGAGAAGACGAACAGCUGUGUGCCCAGAAGUGCAGCGCGGAGGAGUUUGAGAGCUGCGGGACCCCCAGUUACUUCAUCGUGUACCAGACGCAGGUGCAGGACAACCGCUGCAUGGACAGAAGGUUCCUCCCAGCCAAGUCCAAGCAGCUCAUCGCUCUGGCCAGCUUCCCAGGUGCCGGCAACACGUGGGCUCGCCACCUCAUCGAACUGGCCACCGGCUUCUACACCGGCAGCUACUACUUCGAUGGUUCUCUCUACAACAAAGGGUUUAAAGGUGAGCGGGACCACUGGCGCAGCGGGAGGACCAUCUGCAUCAAGACACACGAGAGCGGCCAGAAGGAGAUCGAGGCCUUCGAUGCCGCCAUCCUGCUCAUCCGCAACCCCUACAAGGCCCUCAUGGCGGAGUUCAACCGCAAGUAUGGCGGCCACAUCGGCUUCGCUGCGCAUGCGCACUGGAAGGGCAAAGAGUGGCCCGAGUUCGUGAGGAACUACGCCCCGUGGUGGGCCACGCACACGCUGGACUGGCUCAAGUUCGGCAAGAAGGUGCUGGUGGUGCACUUCGAGGACCUGAAGCAGGACCUGUUCGUGCAGCUGGGCCGGAUGGUCCGCCUGCUGGGCGUGGCCGUCCGCGAGGACCGGCUGCUGUGCGUGGAGAGCCAGAAGGACGGCAACUUCAAGCGCUCGGGGCUGCGCAAGCUGGAGUACGACCCCUACACGGCCGACAUGCAGAGGACCAUCCAGGCCUACAUCAAGCUGGUGGACGCGGCCCUGAAGGGGCGGAACCUCACGGGCGUGCCCGACGACUACUACCCCAGAUGAUGGGCCCGCCGGGGAGGGGCCUCGAGACCCCCCGGGGACCCCGCCCACCCGUCUGGCCCCUUUUUGGUCUGGGGACAGCCCCCUCGGCUGCUGCUGGCCUUCAGUGCGUGACGCAGGAGCCUCAGGGGACAACCACCUGCUCACAGCCCUUCACAGCCCGGGAGGCCCCUGAUGUGGGGGAGCCCCAGCCACACAGGCUUCUGUCUCCCAUGGCCCUGCCCCCACCACUCUGGUUCUCCCCUUGGGAGGGCGGGCUCCUGGGUGUCCCAGAGACUCGGGUGCCUCCCACGGUGCUGAGGACCUGGACGCUGGGAAAGGUGCCCCCGGCGCUCCGCCCUCCGGGGCUGGGCUCUCGCGGGCUCUUCUCUCCACCAAGCAGCAGCAGCGGCCCCGGGGUUCAUCAGGCCACUUGCAUGGGAGAAGGGUUGCUGGAGGUUUCUCUAUAGCGUCCCAUUUCUGACACUCGCGGUGGGUGGGGGAGCCCCAGUGCUCGCAGGAGGUUCACGGGCACCACCAGGUGGGGCCCUGCAUCACGAGCCCACCCCCAGGUCACACUGCUCCUGAGGACCGAGCCAAGGUCAAAUUCUGCCCUUUCCUCCCCCACUGGGCACAGUUAUCCCAGCAGGAUGGUCGAGGGCCCGUGCAGACUCUGAAUAAGAACCAGAGCCCUGUCACAGUCUCGCUCCACCGAGGGUGCAGCACAUGGAGCUCACACUGCCUCUGACCCCCGCCGACGGGGCCUGCACUCUCCAGGCGAGAGAGCAAGGGUGCUCCAGACCAGGUGGGACCAGACCCCAAAGAGACCCAGCUCCCUUCCCGCACCAUCGGCCUCCCGUGAUCACAGUCCCAAAGGGGUGGCUUCCCUCUCGAGGCCUUUGAGGAAUGAAGCAAAUGCGAUGGCUCUUCACUUCCGCACAGAUGCCGCUCCCGGAAGCUGAGUCAUCAAACCAAAGGAUUCCUGGGGACCAGCAUCCCCGAUCCUCGAUCUUUGAAAGCAUGGAUCCAGGAUCCCUCCGCUUCCCCACCUUGGAGACCAGCGGCUUCCCACCUGCGCUCCUGCACCGCCCCCAUCACGUAGAUGCAAAAGCCAUAGGUCACAGCUCUUCACUGUUCUGUCCGGAGCACCCCCUCCCCAGCAGCCCCCCUGAAGCCUUGGGGUGCAAGGACAGGCUCACUCCCAAACAGCCAGGAGGCCAUGGAGAGGGCGAGCGUAAAGAGAUAUAUUUUUUUAAGAGGAAUAUGACUAAUACAUUCCGCCCCUUGGAAGCCGGCCGUGCAAAGCGAAGGGGCCAGAGGCUCAGACCUGCGAUUCUCGCCCCGAACCCCUCCCCUGUCGGCUGUGGGCGACCCCAGGGCCCCCCCCCCCGGGGCUCUGAAUGUAUUUUGUACCGCGUUUCUUUCCCCCGGGCUCAUGUCUAGUCUUUGGGGAAGCCUCCCCCACUCCCACCCACAGGCCAGCUCGCUCUGGGAGCCUCUGGGCCCACGGCCUGGGCCAGCUCUUGGCCGGCGGUCACCUCGGGCCACGGGCCUCCGUCUGAAGAUUCCUCAGGUCAACACCAUCAUUAAAAGUGAGUUUUGUUGAGAAUUCCA